UUCUAUCGAUUGUGCACUGAUUGCAUGGCCUCUACGCAUUCAACAAUGAUGAAUGUUGUGAACACUGUUCAAACCCUAAGUGGAACAAACUACAAAAAGUGGAAACAAGACUUGGAAAUCUGUCUAGGUUUAAUGGAUUUGGACAUAGCAACAAGGGAAGUUUCUCCUCCAGAACCUGCUGCAGAUGCUACAAUUGAUUUCAAAGAAAAAUAUGAAAAGUGGCAGAAGGCUAAUCGGAUUGCUCUCUUGGUGAUCAAGAAGUCCAUGUCUGACACCGUGAGAGGUGGCAUCCCUGAGUCCGAGAAUGCCAAGGAAUUCUUGGAAUCCAUUGAUGAAAAAUUCAAGGAAUCAGAUAAGGCAGAAACUGGAAAUCUCAUGAAUGAGCUCAUGACCAAAAGGUAUAAUGGUAUAGGUUGUGUAAGGGAGCAUAUAUUAGAACUGCUAGAUAUUGGUGCAAGAUUAAAUGCUCUGAAAGUGCCUAUGAGUGAUCCCUUCUUAGUUCAUGUGGCACUUAACUCAUUGCCAAAUGAGUAUUCACAACUUAAAAGCACAUACAAUGCACAAAAGGAAAAAUGGAGUUUGAAUGAACUAAUUGCGAUCUGUGUGCAUGAGGAACAACAUAUAAGGCAGGAAAUCUUUGAAAAGAAAGUGAAUAUGGUGACUGAUCACCAUAAUAAUAUUGCAAGGUAAGAUAACAACAAGGGGGCAUCGAAUCAUUCCAAGCUAGGUGUAAACAAAGGUUACAAAGCUGUCAAAGGCAAGUGUUUUUUCUGUAAGAAACCUGGUCACAUGAAAAGACAUUGCCAGAAGUAUAAAAAGUGGCUUGACAGCGGCAAGGGGAAAGGUAAUGUUAUGAUUUUUAAAGGUGAAGUUUUAGUUUGUUUGAAACAAAUAAUGUUGAAUAUGCUAGAG